GAGAAAUCCCAAACAAUCAAAAGAGCAACAACGGGCCACUGGCGGGCUGAGGAAGAGAACGGGCCCAUGAACCGAGAAAGGAGGAGAGAAACAAAGAGGAGAGCGAGGGAUGUAGAGCUCGGAGGAGUGAAAUGGGAGUGAGAGGCACUGAGGGGAGAAAACAAGGGGGUGUUGAGGAGGAGGGGAGAUUCUGAGGCGUGCGACUUAAGACGGUGAGAGCGGAGGACUGUGUUUAGUGCAGGAGGGCAGCAGACGGAGUGCGAUCCAGAGGAAAUCAACUUGAAACGUCCACCGCCAUCAAACAGAGAUGACAUCACUGCGUAAGAACCUGGGCGUGCUUCUCCUUUUUCUGAGUGCCUCGCCUCUCUUCCACGCGAACCCCUUCACCCAGGCUGCCUCUAACAGCACUCCCGGCCCUCUUCCUCGCAUCAUUUACAUGACUGACUUCAGCUCAGAUGACAACUACGACGAUGACGACGACAGCGACGACAGCAGCCCCCCUCCUCCUCUGAAAGUUCUGGACUCCGCGAGGACCACCUUACUCGGACAAAAGCCGCAGCUCUGCCAUUACAGCCCCUGCUUGGAGAAUCAGGAGCCCUGCGCCAACAUUUCAGCAAGGAGUGGGUGUCUCUGUCCCGGGGUCAGCACGGCCGACGAGCCUCCGCAUGCACCGCGCAUCAAAGUGCUGCAGCCAAUUAGUGGAGGGGAUGACAGAGGGAAGAUAGAGGUCCAGUGGUGCGCUCCGUCUUCUGUGGUGUCUGGGUACAGAGUGUUGAUCGAGGGAAGCGAAGUCCUGGAGUUUCAGGACGCUUCACGACGAGGUUUGGUCGGAUCUCUGGAAGUUGGCACUAAGGUGUGUGUGGAGGCGGUGAACAGGGCGGGACGCAGCACCCCCUCAGAUUUCUCCUGUAUGCGGUACCACCUUCCCGAAUCUUCUGGCUAUAAACUUUUGGCUGGGGUUAUAGGAGGAGGAGUUGCCAUCCUUCUACUUCUCGUCAUAGCAGCUGUGGUCCUCUGGAAGCAUCAAAUGCGUAAAAAGGCCAAGAGGGACUCUGCUGAUGGACUAGGGAACCCUUCUUACAGCAGAGGUGGGACUCUGUGAUGAAGACUAGAGAUCAUCCCGGUCACAAUGAACAAUCCCUGGACACACUUCCCCGAACAUUUCAAGGUUGUGUUAUGAUUCAUUAUAGAAUAGAGUUGUUUUUUUUAGGUUUUAGUAGUUAUAACUGCAGUUUAUUUGCUGGCAAAUUGAACCUGUAGAUUUAUUUUAGUGUUUUUUUGUAUUAUAAUGGGUACAUUUAAUGUUAGAUAUUUUUCUAAGAUGUAGGUACUGAAAUUUACUGAAGGUUAUUUUAAUAAAAACAAUCUAUAAAAGCG